GAAGGCGUUAGAGGAUCUGACAGCAGCCACAGGAGGCGCUACAGAGCAGCACUCCUCAGUGGGCGCACCACCACAUGAUGGCCACCGAGGACAGCAGGCCAAUCACAGAGCUGGCUGCAGAGGAGGGGGCGGAGUUACACAGUGUGUCUGCAGGUGGCAGGUAGGGGAGGGCAGCUGUUACCUGUGGGAACAUCUGGGCCAGUCGGCUGUACUCGCAGUCUGAGUACUUCAGACACUGACGAACGACCAAACUGGCAGGAGGACGUGGACGUCAUGAGAUGAGAGCAAAGAGACAAAAGAGGGCUGACGAGGCUCAUCAUGGAUCUGGACAGCAUCGAAGGACUGAAUGAAAUCCGUCCCUCCGUCUACAGGGUGUCCAUGAAGCUCCUGUCCCUGCAGAAACUCUAUCGCAUGGAUGUUGUGGCUCUUCGACACAUCUUGGCGGCCCUCUCGUCAGUGGGCGGAGCUCACCUGCAGCAGGACGUGUGGCUGAACAGGGAGGAGGUGAGCUGCACUCUGAACAGGAUGUUUCACUUCGUGUCACAGGAAGUGCCAGGUCAUGUGACUGCGGAGGCCCCUGAGGAGAUGUGCAGUCUGAUGUUCAGACUGUUCGACAGCAGUCAGACUGGUUGUGUGUCAGCUGCUUCUCUUCAAACUGCACUCAUUGCCCUGUCAGCCGAAACCCUGCUGGUGAAAUACAGAGCUCUGGUUAGUCUUGCAGUGAACAGUUCAGGAUCAGUCAGCAGAUCUGGACUCAGGUCUGUCCUGCAGAAUGUCAGCCAGGUUCCUGCUGCGGUACUGGAAGCAGGAGUUUUUGGUGGCGUGGAGGUGGCAGUGAAGUCGUGUUUUAAUGGGGUGUUGACCCAGACAGCAGCUGAAGAACAUGUGUUGUCAUGGCUGCAGAAUGAGCCACACCUGUUGCGAUGGUUGCCCACUCUGUAUCGCCUGUCUAUCAGUCAGAGCGUCAGUCACGGUGUCCGCUGCCACACCUGCAAGACCUUCCCCAUCACUGGACUCAGGUAUCGCUGUAUGAAGUGUGUGAACAUCCAUGUGUGUCAGAGCUGCUUCCUGACAGACAGACAGACAAAGAAACACAAAACUCACCAUCCAGUGCUUGAGUUCUGCACACAGCCCACCUGGCGAGAGUCUCUGUCCUCGUUACUGCACGUCACCCGUCAUGCCCUGUUACCGCAGCGAUACACUCAGAGAGAGGCUGACAGGAAGAGGGUCCUGAUGUGGGCGGAACCUGGAGAGACUCAGGACAGAGCUCCGCCCCCCAGUGAUCCCUCAACACGAUUGACUGUCUCAGCAAUCGAUCACAACCCCUCCUUAGACAGAGACGUUUCCCACGAUGCCUCAGUGCAACCUCCUCCCGGCUCAAUUUCCUUUAAAUGUCUGCAGACUGAUGAGGAGCCGCAGGCUCAGCAGUCGACGGCGUCAGCUCUGCUCGCUGAAGUCAGAAACCUGCAGAGAGACAAAUGGUUGUUGGAGCAGCAGCUGCAGGCCUGGAGGCUCACCGUCCAAUCAGAUCAGGGCAUUUUGGAGGACAGGUGCUCUGAGAUGGAGGUUAACAUGGAGAAGCUGAGAGAAGACAACGUCUGUCUGCAGAGCAUGCUCACACAGGCUCUCACCAAGAUGGAGGCUCAACAACACACCAACAACACACUGCAGAGUGUUGACAUCGAGAGAGGAAAUUACGUCACGCCAUCCUUGGACACAGGGGACGAGGAAGAGGAGGAUGAAGAAGUGUGGCCAAAGACAGCGGAUGAGUGGAGUGAGGAAGAACAGCGAACUCCAUCUCCCACAAUGCACCAGGAGACACCUCUGUCACAUGACAUCCCCUGUGAGGAAGAGGAGGAAUGUGAAGGUGACAGGUUCCUCUGUGGUCCAACAGGACAACAGGAAGCACCAGAGGAGGUGUGGCCACAGGAAGAGGACACCUGUCUGUUUGAAGAAGGGCAUUGUGGGAUGUCUAGUCCAGAGGAGCUGCUGCAGGAGACUGUGGACAGACUGAAGACUGUGAUGGAGACAGGCAGGUGGCGAUGGAGACAGACAGGUGAGGGGAGGAGGGCGGAGCUUCUGCAGUCUGCAGAUCAGGUGGGAGACUCGAUACACCAGCUGGUAGAUGCUGUGAGGAAAAACACUCAGAAAUGACCAGGAGUCUCGCAGGAAGAUGACGGGGAAGCGCACCUGCAGGCACCACCUAAAUCACAGCGCACCUGGAAAUGAAGAAAGCCGCCGAGAUGCUGGAGGGAGCAGCUGGAGGGAGCAGCUGGAGGGAGGGGAAGAUGAAAAUGAUGAGAGAUGAAGCUUGUGGGUGGAGACUGCAGCAGUAGGAUUAGAAAGAAAAAAGAACGUCCAACAAGACGCAACGAAUUAAUCAACAGUUCACCACACAGGAAACGACACCUGGAGACAGUCAGGUGUGUAGGUGAUGAAGAGGAGCAGGUGGUGACAUCGUGUCCAGCCAAAGAGGCUCUCCUGUC